GCAUUACCCCGGAAGCUUUAGAGAUCGUAAUAUUUGUCAACAAGUCGGUCUGUUGUGUGUUUUUAUCGCACUGUAAAGGGUUUAAUUCGGAAUUUAGACUUUAUUAAAGCAGCUGUUUAUAAAUGUAGAGAGUGGGGAGUGGUCGCAGUCAUGAACGGGAGCUCUAAUCCUCUACUGGAUAAAGAGGAGCAUGUGUUAAAGCUGGGAGAGAGCUUCGAGAAACGACCCAAAUCCUCCUUUCACACCAUCAGAUAUGAUUUCAAACCAGCAUCCAUUGACACCUCCUGUGAGGGGGAGCUGCAGGUGGGGAAAGGAGAUGAAGUCACCAUCACGUUGCCACACAUACCAGGCUCCACGCCUCCUAUGACAGUAUUCAAGGGCAACAAAAGGCCAUAUCAGAAAGACUGUGUUCUGAUCAUCAAUCAUGACACUGGAGAAUUCAUGCUGGAGAAGCUAAGCAGCAGCAUUCAGGUCAAGAAGACGAGAGCUGAGGGCAGCAGCAAGAUCCAGGCUCGGAUAGAGCAGCAGUCUGUGAGAGCCAAUCAGCCUCCUUCACAGUUCCGGACACCCACCAAGCCCGGCAGUGGAGCCAAAACAUCACCCACCAAAGACAACCCCUCCCCUGAACCUCAACUGGAUGAUAUCAAAAGAGAGUUGCGAGCAGAGGUGGAGAUUAUCGAGCAGAUGAGCAGCAGUGGCAGCAGCAGCUCUUCGGACUCGGGCAGCUGCUCGGGCAGCGGGGAUGACAGCUCCAGCAGUGAUGGAGAGGAAAGCCAUAACCCUCAUGGCCACGCCCAUCUCUCACCCAGCCGAGAUGCCAUUGCCAAUGGCACAGACAAACCGCAGGGCAGCAAUCAGCUGAUGAACACGCUCAGAAAUGAUCUGCAGCUGAGUGAAUCAGGAAGUGACAGUGAUGAUGACUGACACCUGCCCUUCUUCACCCCGCCCCAGCUUGGAUCACUGUUAUCUCUCUAUCUAUCUCCCCUCCUUUUGCAUUACUGAGCUCUACCAGUCAUUCUGAAGCGCUUUUGUCAGUCGUCAUAUGUGUUUUCCAUGUCAUGUUAAAAUUCAUAGAGUGUAUUUUUUAUUAGAUGUAUAUUUUAAGAGUUUUAGUGCAGAGUAGAAUCUUAAGCAGAGUAAGUGUGAAAAAUCUUAGCAUACAUAUUCAAAAACAAAUGUUUUAAAUUAUAAGCUGUGUUUUCAUCAUAUAUAUCUUUUCCACAGGAAACAAUGAAUUUAGAAAGUCACAUGGCACGUUUUAGCCUGUGAAUCUUCUACUUUCGUACACUGAGGUUGUACUGUGGUUUUGAUCAAGCAGACAGAAACUAACAGUAAUGCCUAGUGUAUGGAAUAGAAGCUAAAUCAUAACCUCAGUCUGGACAGCUGCACAAGUUUUAGCCUAAAAUGUAGCUUUUAGCUAGGUGUACAGAUUGUAGCCAUUGGGGCAGUUUCCCAGACAGGGAUUAAGCCUACUCUUGGAUUACACCGCAUUUUGAGUGGAGAUUUUCCAUUGAAAGAAGAAAAAUACACCAGGACUAGACUAGGGCUAAGCUUAAUUACUGUCUGGGAAACCUUGCCCCUUGAUGUUCAGGGUAUGUGAUAUUCAAGUAUUGCAACGGUUCAGUUAUACGACCCGUCCUGAAAGUUCUUAAUGAUUAUUGAUCAUUCUGAAGUGCAGUAUCUCAAAAUGUUAAUUUGUUUACAUGUCUGAAGUUUCAAGAUUAAAGGAGCAUUAAGCAGUU